AUGCAAUCCCUGUUCAUUCUUUCACCCACGGGAGAAGUAUUGAUUGAACGUCACUUUCGUGGCGUUGUGACUUCUCGAUCUGUUUGCGAAACCUUUUGGGAGCGAGCCGUACCUCCCGUAAUGGAGGUUCCAGAAUCUGACCAAGGAACACUCUACGUUAUAUCCAUUCUACGCGAAGGCCUCAGCUAUUUGGCCGUCUGUCCAGCCGAAGUCAGUCCGCUUCUUAUUAUUGAAUUCUUGCAACGAAUCGCCAAUAUCUUUGUCGAGUACUUUGGACCUCCGGCGGACGAAUCCGCCAUAAAAGACAAUUUUUCUACCGUUUAUCAGCUAAUCGAAGAGAUGGUUGACUUUGGAUGGCCGUUAACAACGGAACCCAACGCGCUCAAGGCCAUGAUUCGUCCACCCACGGUGAUGAGCAAACUGUUGCAAUCAUCGACGACCGUCAGUGACGAAUUGCCGUCGGGAACGAUUAGUAACAUUCCCUGGCGCGCCGCAAACGUACACUACACACAAAACGAAAUUUAUAUGGACAUUGUGGAGGAGGUUGACGCGAUUGUAAACGCUUCUGGCGCGGUUGUGUCGUCGGACGUUAGCGGGUCGAUUCAAUGUCAAUCACACCUGUCCGGUGUUCCGGAUCUGUUGCUAACGUUCAAAGAGCCGGAUCUGAUUGACGACUGCAGCUUUCAUCCUUGUGUACGCUACGCUCGAUUCGAAAACGACAAAGUGGUUUCCUUCGUCCCGCCGGACGGUAAUUUCGAGCUCAUGCGAUACCGCAUACAUCCGGAGCGAGCACGCAAUUUUAGUCCUCCGGUAUACUGCCAUCCGCAAUGGUCAUAUAGCUCCUCAACGGAUGCCAGUUUGGUGUUUUCGGCGUCAAGAAAGGGCCCCCUGCAGGUUGAAGAAGUGGCUGUACUGAUUCCGUUUCCUAAACAGACACGAACGACUGCUGGGUUUCAGGUCAAUAUUGGUUCGGUCAUGUAUGAUGAAGCCGCCAAAGUUGCCCGCUGGACGCUCGGCAAGAUGGAUGCGUCUAGAAAAGCGACCUUGUCGUGUACUUUUACAGCCCUGACAAGCAACGACGAAGAAAUCACAUCCUCCAUACCCAAUGUAUCGCUCACUUGGAAGAUUCCGCUAGCAUCCGUAUCGGGAUUGUCCGUCAGUGGUCUCUCCGUCACUGGAGAGUCCUACAGACCAUACAAAGGUGUACGGAACGUUACCAAGUCGGGCCUAUUUCAAGUGCGGUGUAGCUGA